GUUUUGACAUUGACACACCAGAUGACUUCGGCAGGACUUGUCUUCAUGCAGCUGCAGCUGGAGGGAAUUUGGAGUGCCUAAAUCUUCUGCUAAAUACUGGUGCAGACUUCAACAAAAAGGACAGAUUUGGAAGAACUCCACUCCAUUAUGCUGCUGCCAAUUGUAAUUAUCAGUGCCUGUUUGCCCUUGUGGGAUCUGGAGCUAGUGUGAAUGACCUUGAUGAGAGGGGUUGUACACCUCUGCACUAUGCAGCUGCAUCAGACACAGAUGGGAAGUGCCUGGAAUACUUGCUAAGAAAUGAUGCCAAUCCGGGGAUCCGAGACAAACAAGGAUACAAUGCAGUUCAUUAUUCAGCGGCUUAUGGUCAUCGCUUGUGUCUUGAAUUGAUUGCAAGCGAAACACCUCUAGAUGUUCUAAUGGAAACAUCAGGUACUGACAUGCUGAAUGAUUCAGACAACAGAGCACCUAUAAGUCCACUGCAUUUAGCUGCCUAUCAUGGCCACCAUCAAGCUCUGGAAGUGCUGGUACAGUCACUGCUGGACCUUGAUGUGAGGAAUAACAAUGGAAGGACACCACUGGAUCUUGCUGCCUUUAAGGGACAUGUGGAAUGUGUAGAUGUGCUCAUUAAUCAGGGAGCAUCCAUCUUGGUGAAAGAUUAUGUUGUAAAGAGAACUCCAAUACAUGCUGCAGCUACAAAUGGUCAUUCAGAAUGUUUGCGGCUAUUGAUAGGAAAUGCAGAACCACAGAAUGCAGUGGACAUUCAAGAUGGAAAUGGACAGACUCCUCUGAUGAUGUCAGUUCUCAACGGGCACACGGACUGCGUUUAUUCACUCCUUAACAAAGGAGCAAAUGUAGAUGCCAAAGAUAAGUGGGGAAGGACAGCAUUGCAUAGAGGGGCAGUUACUGGGCAUGAGGAAUGUGUGGAAGCAUUGCUUCAACAUGGUGCUAAGUCCUUACUACGAGACUGUAGGGGACGAACCCCUAUACACUUGUCAGCUGCCUGUGGCCAUAUAGGUGUUCUGGGAGCUCUCCUGCAGUCAGCUACAUCAGUGGAUGCAGUACCUGCAAUAGCAGACAAUCAUGGCUACACAUCACUGCACUGGGCCUGCUAUAAUGGUCAUGACAGUUGUGUAGAGCUGCUUCUGGAACAGGAAAUUUUUCAAAAAAUGGAAGGAAAUUCUUUCAGUCCCUUGCAUUGUGCUGUGAUAAAUGACAAUGAAGGUGCUGCAGAAAUGUUAAUUGACACAUUAGGUGCUGGUAUUGUAAAUUCAACAGAUUCGAAAGGAAGAACUCCUCUGCAUGCAGCAGCUUUUACAGAUCACGUUGAGUGUCUACAGCUUCUGCUUGGUCACAGUGCUCAAGUAAAUGCUGUAGAUUCUUCUGGGAAAACACCUUUAAUGAUGGCUGCAGAAAAUGGACAGACGAAUACAGUUGAGGUGCUGGUUAGCAGUGCUAAGGCUGAUCUGACUUUGCAAGACAGUUCUAAGAACACAGCACUCCAUUUGGCUUGCAGCAAGGGUCAUGAAACUAGUGCCUUGUUAAUACUGGAGAAGAUUACGGAUAGAAACCUCAUCAAUGCCACCAAUGCAGCCUUGCAAACACCUCUGCAUGUUGCUGCUCGAAAUGGACUAACGGUUGUUGUUCAAGAGCUUUUAGGGAAGGGAGCAAGUGUACUUGCUGUAGAUGAAAAUGGUUACACACCGGCUUUGGCCUGCGCACCCAAUAAGGAUGUGGCCGAUUGCCUGGCUCUCAUUCUGGCCACCAUGAUGCCUGUUUCAUCAAGCAGCACAUUACCUGCACUUACCUUCAAUGCCAUUAAUCAUUACACCAACACCUCAAAAACUGUCACCUUUGAUUCCUUGCCAAUCAUGAGGAGUGACCACAGCUCUUACUGUACUUUCAACAACAUUGGCAGGGAAGGUGGCUAUCCAUAUACAGAAGACGACGAGCUCAAUGACUCAGAUUCUGAGACAUACUAGAAGCUACUUUUUGUAGGUCUGAGGAGUGAACCCUCACGCUGGAAGGUCAGACUUGUGCUGUUGGAAAGCUGGUGGUGUUUGAAUAUAGAAAGAGGACAGACCUUUGAGAAGAUGUUUUUAUUGUGGUUGCAUAAAAAAAAAAAUCUGUGAGACUCUAGGAAGAUUUUUAAGAGCAUAUUUUGCAGAAGAAGCAUGAAUUCUUGAAUAAGUACUUGGAAUCCAUGGCAAAAAAAAAAAAAAAGAAUGUCAAAACUGUUUUAUUUAACGGUAUUAAUACCAUUCUGUUUCUGGUGCCGGGAGUAAUUCCUGCAGACUGGGCACCCGACUUGAUGUAAAUGAACAACACUAUUGUUCAACACAAAGGAUGCUAGAUUUAAAUAUUCUCAAUAAAACUAAAACCAUUUUGAAGGCAAUAAAUGAGUUUGGUACAGUAGGCAUUGUUUGUGCUGCAAAUUGCCAAAGGACCAAAUAACUUAAAGAUUUUUUUAAUUAAAUAAAUUUUUGUGAAAACUGGAAUAGGUUAUUUGAGAAGUUGUAACUCAAAUUUGGUUAAUUGAGUAAUUAACCAAACGUUAAUUACUUCUGAAAAAGAAGCUUAGAUUUGGGUUUAAAUGUUGAAUUUUAUUUUUUUUAAUUCUCUGAAAGCCUUCCGACACUAUUAAAUGUACCAUGAAAGAAAGCAGAUGUACUUUUAAGUUUUAUUUUCUUUUUCGUUUAGAUGAAAUGAAAAUGAUCUUGUCAUACUUUUAUAAUACUGAAGUUAAACCAGCUAACAAGGUGAAGUCAGGGUGAAAAAUGUACAGUGUAAUAAACAAGGGAAGGGGUGGGAGAUGUGGGAGGGAAGCAGUAAUUGUUGCACAGUUUUAGGGAUUUUUUAACUUGGGUUUUGGAUUGAGAUUUUUCUUAAUUUAAAAAUACACGAGUAACUUGGAAACUAUGAAAAUGCGUAAAAUGAAUUGAAAUGUCUCGAUAACCCUGUUGUGAUUGAGAGUUCUUUUCAAUAAUUUAUCCACUUCCUUACAUCAUAAAUUUGUAUGUAAGAUUAAAAUUGUAUAUCCCUAUCACCUUUUUUUUUUUUUUUUAAUCCCGGAGUUACAAAGUGGGGGGGGAGGUGAAUUUAAAAGUAUAUUUCCCUAUUAGAGAAAAAAGUACAGUGUCUGGUCUGUGGGAAGAGCUGUGUAUCUUUGUUGUGCUCCAUUUAGAAAAUAAACAGCAGAAACAGGUCCCUGUAACGUAGUUCAGACUUGCCCAAAUAUUUUUUUUAAUUUAUAACAGACUACUCUGGUUUUUUUUUAAUUGCCUGAAGAAUGAAAAACUGACAUAAGUAAGCUGAAGUUUUGUCUGUUAAAUAUGAAUAUUUACUUUAUUUGGCUCUGCUUUAACUAUAACUGUUACUUUUCAAGUGAAUUUGUUUAUGUACAUGCAAGGAAUCCUUGCAUGUCCUGGCAAAGUACAAAUAAAUUACUACAAACCGAUUCCAAUUUCAUUUUUAUCCUUUUUUUUUUGUAUUGUGAAACUGGAAACGUUUGUAAAUUACAGCUGCUUUUCUGAACAUAGUGUGGAAACACGGGACAAUAUUUUGAUCUAUUUGAUAAUUUUGUGGGGUUUUUGAAAAAUUAAUGAGCAUGUACAUAGAAAUAGUGGCUGCUUGAAUACUGUAUUUACCUGCACUCUUUCAGUACUUCAAGAAUCCUGUAUAUUUUACGGAGUAUAAUAAAAUGCAAAUUUGAGUUCUA